AUGAGCUUCUCCAAUUCCCAGCGGAGUCGAGUUUUCAGCGACGAUUCUGAAUACGAUCUCAGGGCUAUUCCGGGCGUGGCGGCGUACCCGCCAGCUUAUUCGCCGUCGGAUACCGAGAGUAUGAGAAAGCGAUUGAAGGCCUCAAUUGGGUCCGAUUCUAAUGGGUCUAGUUCCGGCGCUGUAUCCGAUCCAACUCGGCCUCGAGUCCUGGUUGACUCGCAAGAAACGGGCGUGCGGCUCGUCCACACACUCAUGGCCUGUGCAGAGGCUGUCCAGCAGGAAAAUUUGAAGCUUGCAGACGCGCUUGUGAAGCACGUGGGCCUACUCGCGGCUUCCCAAACUGGCGCUAUGAGAAAAGUCACCACGUACUUCGCUGAAGCUCUGGCUCGUUGGAUUUACCGAAUUUACCCUCAGGAUUGCCUCGAUCCUUCCUACUCUCUGGAGUCAAAGCUUGGAGAUUGCAGGAAAGCGGCGGCUAUCUGGCGCGAGGCGCUUCAGAGGAUUACAGGAAAGUCUCUGGGUGGACUGCCAUUGGAGGGGUUCGAUUACGAGUCAAUUUUGGGUCAGUGCUGCGAGAUGCCAGUUGGGUAUGUUCAGAUUCCAGUUGGGAUUGCUGGAACUCUUAGGCUCGAUGGCAGAGAGUUUUCCGGACCAAUGGCCACCACCGAAGGUUGCUUGGUUGCCAGCACCAACCGUGGCUUCAAAGCUAUCAACUUGUCCGGCGGAGCCACCAGUGUGUUGCUGAGAGAUGGGAUGACCAGAGCACCUUGUGUGAGGUUCAACUCUGCUAAGAGAGCUGCCGAGUUGAAGUUCUACUUGGAAGAACCCAACAAUUAUGACACCUUGUCCACGGUUUUCAACAGGUCAAGCAGAUUCGAUAGGCUUCAGACAAUUACGUGUGCCAUUGCUGGGAAGAACUUGUACAUGAGAUUCACCUGCAGCACCGAUGAUGCUAUGGGGAUGAACAUGGUCUCCAAAGGUGUGCAAAACGUUUUGGAUUUCCUCCAGAACGACUUCCCUGACAUGGAUGUGAUUGGAAUUUCCGGCAACUACUGCUCUAACAGGAAGCCCGCUGCGGUGAACUGGAUCGAAGGUCGUGGAAAAUCGGUGGUCUGUGAGGCUGUGCUCAAUGGUGAUGGUGGAGCUUCUUCCUCUGUCUCUUCACACUGCCAACAAACCUCAAGCUCCUCACUCCGGCCACCAUGAUCAAAAUCAACGAAGAGUUUCAUUGACCGUUG